AUGGAUUCUGGGGUGUCUUCACCUGAGAAGCAGGAUAAAGAGAAUUUGGUGGGCAUUAACAACAGGGGACUUGGCGUGUGUGGCUGGAUUCUAUUCUCCCUGUCUUUCCUGCUGAUGAUCAUUACCUUCCCCAUCUCUAUAUGGAUGUGCUUAAAGAUCGUUAAGGAGUACGAACGCGCUGUGGUAUUCCGACUGGGACGCAUCCAAGCUGACAAGGCCAAAGGCCCAGGUUUGAUCCUGGUCCUGCCCUGCAUAGAUGUGUUUGUCAAAGUCGACCUCCGGACAGUUACUUGCAACAUUCCUCCACAGGAGAUCCUCACCAGAGACUCUGUGACCACUCAGGUGGAUGGAGUCGUCUAUUACAGAAUCUAUAGUGCUGUCUCGGCAGUGGCUAACGUCAGUGAAGUCCACCAGGCCACGUUUCUGCUGGCUCAGACCACUCUGAGAAAUGUCUUAGGGACACAGACCUUGUCCCAGAUUUUAGCUGGACGAGAAGAGAUCGCCCAUAGCAUCCAGACUUUACUGGACGAUGCCACUGAGCUGUGGGGGAUCCGAGUGGCCCGAGUGGAAAUCAAAGAUGUCCGGAUCCCCCAGCAGCUGCAGCGAUCCAUGGCGGCUGAGGCGGAGGCCACGCGGGAGGCCAGAGCCCGGGUUGUUGCAGCAGAAGGAGAAAUGAAUGCUUCCAAAUCUCUGAAGUCCGCCUCCAUGGUGCUGGCUGAGUCCCCCAUCGCCCUGCAGCUGCGCUACCUGCAGACGCUAGCCACGGUCGCCACCGAGAAGAAUUCCACCAUCGUGUUUCCUCUGCCCAUGAAUAUACUAGAGGGCAUUGGUGGUAUCGGCUGUGAUGACCCCAAGAAGCUCUCCAACAGAGCCUGA